AGUUGCUGACACUCGUUUUGCUUCUAUUGUUGUGAUGCUUAAAAGAUUUAAACUUAUUAGGCGUGCUUUAGAAGCAAUGGUUAUGAGUGAUCAAUGGGCACAAUACCGAGAAGAUGACCAAGGCAAAGCUCGAUUUGUUCGUGAUAAAGUGGUAGAUGAGGAUUGGUGGGAAAAGGUUGAUUACAUCAUUGCUUUUACUGGGCCCAUUUAUGACAUGAUCAGAGUUUGUGACACAGACAAACCAUGCCUUCAUUUGGUUUAUGAGUUGUGGGAUUCUAUGAUUAAAAAGGUGAAGCAAGUUAUUUUUUAUCAUGAAGGAAAGCAAGCAGAUGGGUUUUCUCCUUUUUAUUAUGUGGUUCAUCGAAUUCUUGUUGAUCGUUGGGCAAAGAGCAACACUCCCCUUCAUUGUUUAGCCCAUUCAUUAAAUCCAAGAUUUUAUAGUGAAAAAUGGCUUCAAGAGGGAGAAGGUAGAGUGCCUCCUCAUAUGGAUGGAGAAGUAUCAACUGAGAGAAUUAAAUGCUUUAGGAGGAUUUUUUUUCUAAUGAAGAUGAGCGAAUAAGAGCAAAUGAUGAAUUUGCAAAUUUUUCUUUGAAAAGUGGACCUUUUGCUGAUCCUGAUUCUAUUGGAAGUAUGUAUGUUAUAGAUCCUAGGAAAUGGUGGGCAUGUUUUGGUUCUAAUGC